UCUACAAUCACAACUUUCAAUACUUUUAGUGCACUCAAACUUUCAGGUUAUCAUCAAUGGUCAAACCCAAGAGGCUACUCAGCCUCCUGCUAAGGCUUAUUGCCUUUGGUGCUACACUUGCAGCAGUAAUUAUCAUGGCUACAAGCCAUGAGAAAGGUUCAUUCUUUGCACUGUCAUAUGAAGCAAAAUACUCCGACACACCAGCCUUCAAGUAUUUUGUGAUAGCAAAUGCAAUUGUUACUGUCUAUGGUUUUCUUGCUCUGUUUAUCCCUUCAGAGAGUCCGCUAUGGAGAUUAGUUCUGGCCUUGGAUUUGGUGUUUACCAUGCUGCUCAUUUCAAGCAUUUCGGCGGCCUUGGCGGUUGCUCAGGUAGGCAAGAAAGGGAAUUCUAGUGCAGGUUGGCUACCUGUCUGUGGCCAAGUCACCAAGUACUGCAACCAAGUAACAGGAGCAUUAGUUGCUGGUUUCAUUGCAAUCAUAACUUACAUAAUUCUGCUGCUUUACUCUAUUUACACUUUCCUAAAUUCUCUUCUUGGAAAAACGCCUUGUAGGCUAUCAAGUCCUGGGAUUUAGUUCCUGAAAUCAUCGCCAGUCCUUUGCAUUUUCCUUGUAUGGUUUGUAGGAUGCCCAUUUAAAAAUUUUUGCCUUAGUAGAUGCUUUUUCAGAAUUGUAUUGAUCAAAAUGCUUUCCUCGUCCUUUAAGGGAAGCUAUAUCACAAAUAAAAUGCCUAACAAUGGCCAUUUGCCAA